CCUGGGAAAGGAGGCCUUUUGGGGAUCUCUUGGAGUUGUUGUUUGUCAGGGAGAGCUAGGCCUGCUGGUGUUUUCAUAUCUGCCUUUGGGAAGUGGGGAAGGGCUGAAUGGGUCAGGCUUUUGGGUGGCUUCUUUGGGGAAUGGUCCUGGGCUCUAAGGUCUUCUCCUGUCUCCAUGCUACAGCUUUGUGGAAGCGAUCAGAGAUCCACUUUAGGAUGCCCCUCUUGUGUCCCCCAGUGGGCUUUCCAGAGCACCUCUCUGGCCACAUUGGUGGACAGGAGGGAUGGCCACUGGUGCUAGUGAUGCUCUGAAGGAGUCAAGAUUCAUGGCCUUUUCUUGUCCCCAUUUCAGUCCUUCGGAGCCACAAGGAACCUGCGCCAAGGAGGAAGAGAAGGAGGAAGUUGCCUCUCAGGCGUUUGCUGUGGAGGUCCAUCCCUCUUUGUUGGAUCCCCCACAAAUGGAGGAGGCACCCACAGAGGUCAAAACUGAGGAGGAAGAAGGGGAUCAGAAGUAUUGCCUUUCAUUCCAUCUCCAAUGGGCAUGUGGGCGCAGGAGGAGCCAUGGAGGGGCUUCUAUUUGGACCUUUGUAUUGUCUCUCCUCCCAGCUUCCAGAAAGAACCCUUGGAGAAGAACGUCACCCAUAAUGUCAAUGAACCUGCCAUCUUAUGGGAUUUGGAAGGUGAUACCUGGAGAAUGGAGGAUGAGUGUGACCCCUCUUCUGCUUCAAACAGACUUCUGGAGCCACAGGGGGCCUGCGCUGAGGAGGAGGACAUCUCUCAGAGGUUUGGCAUGGAGAAGAUUCGCUCUUUGUCAAAUACAGAAGACUGGGCUGUGGAUGAUGACAUCCAUAGAGAGGAGAAUGAGGAACUUUGCCCUUAGUCCACUUUGGCCAGAAAAGAAGGCUCUGCAUCAUCUUUACAAGACGUUCUGCCAUCUGGACCCUUCAGAGGCCGAGAAAGUUGCAGACACAUUGGCCCAAGGGCAUAUGGAACUCGUCUUGGACCAUUAUUUAGAAUCACCUUGGGAAGAUCCAAAAAGGGUAUUAAUUCACAUCAUUAAUGCUCUGUGGACCAGGUUCUUAUCCAACAUGACUGCCAUGAUUCAGACCUUCCUUGAUGCCACCCAUCAUGGAAGAUGAUCCCACCGCUCCUGCAGGACCAAAGGACCAUCUGCUCCUGAAAGGGAAGAUAUGUAAGCCUUAAUACCUGGCUGAGGGAAGCCACCAGAAGAUUGCUGCAGGUCCCACUCAGGAAGGCUUCUCCUAGGACCAUUCAUCUGGGCAAAGAGGAGGGCAGCCCAGCAACGCUCCAGUCUCAGGUGGCAAUGUCCUUUCCCCUACUACUACCAUCAGCAGUAGUAUCAUCAGGCUGGCCUGCAGAGAGCCUCUGGAAGCAGCUCCCUGGUGCUGUGCCCAAGGCCCUUCUGGUGUUGGAGAGUGAUGGAGGAGGAGGAGGCCUGGAAGUGGCAGAGGCAGUAGUGGGAUAGAGACCCAUCCACCUCUUGCUCCCACAUGCUUGCCUGGGUCUUCUCCUCUUCCCUGCCCAUUGGACCCCUUGGCACUAGGGUAAACCUCACACUACUACCAUCAGGCUGGCCUGCAGAGUGUGUCAGGAACCAGCCAAUUUCGUAUCGUUUAGGUCCCUAGGGAACCCCCAAAGUUGGCACCUUGAAACUAGAACCCCCAAAAGGUGGCACCUGCAAGAAGACCCAGAAGAAACUGGGGCCAGCAGUGAUCCAUGUCUAGCACUUCAGAUGUUCGUGAACCUCAUCAUCCCUCUCCAUUAGCUAGAAGCAGAUAAGAACUAUAGCCCAAUGAUGCAUGAUUCCCAAUCUUGUGCUAACAGAAGCAGUUCUAGCAGCUGAAAACCUGCACUAUGUUUGACUCAUAAUACUGGGCAUCUUUUUUUAUUUGUAAGGACAAAGAAGAGAGGGUUGAAAUGAUUAAUAUGAGAAAGUUCUUGAGUGCAUACAUAUUAAUAUUAAAUAGCUUUUUAAUACACAGA